ACUCCCGCCUGGUAGGGAACUGAAGAAGAAAGCCUUUUUCCAUGGACAAUGCGCACUUCCCACUAGCCAACUCACGCACCUCCAUGUCCAGUGCUUGCUCGCCUCAUCUUUCACUACCGCAUAGGCUCGGCGAAAGGAUGGCGGAGAUCGUGCUGGUUUUCGACUUCGACAAGACGAUCCUCGACUGCGAUAGCGACGACUGGGUGGUCGACAAGCUAGGCCUGAGCGAGGCGUUCGACCGGCUCCGACCCACCUUGCCGUACAACUCUCUCAUGGAUCGGAUGAUGAUGGAGCUUCAUUCUAGAGGGAAAACCAUGGAGGAGAUUGCUGAUUGUCUGAAAGAAGCUCCGCUGCAUCCAAAGAUCGUCUCCGCGAUUAAAUCGGCCAACGCUUCUGGGUGCGAUCUGAGGAUCCUGAGCGACUCGAAUGUGUUCUUCAUCGAGACGAUCCUGCGACAUCACGGACUCAUGGAGUGUUUCUCCCAGAUCAACACGAACCCCGGCUCAGUCGAUGCAGAAGGCAGGCUCAACAUCUCGCCUUACCAUGAUUUCUCCCGUCUGCUUCAUGGCUGCAAGAUCUGCCCCCCAAACAUGUGCAAGGGCAUAGUGAUGGACAAGAUCAGAUCGCCGGCCUUCGCCAAGGGAAAAAGACGUUUCGUCUACGUCGGAGAUGGGGCCGCCGACUUCUGCGCGGGCAUGAAGCUCGAGGAAGAAGACGUCCUGCUCCCCAGGAAGGACUUCCCCGUGUGGGAUCUGAUCUGCCGCAGCCCGACCCUUAUAAAGGCGAGGGUCCUGGAAUGGACCGACGCGGCCGAGCUCGAGACCGUCCUGCUGAGCUCGGUCGACACAUUGGGCCACACGGGGAAUGGCAGCAACGUGAAGGCCGCUCGCGUGGUCCCUGCCGCCUGCAAGUUCCAGACGAGCCUCCUCGACGCGGCCCCCGAAUCUCCGGCGGCGCGUCGGGACCUCGAGCCUUGCUGCUCUUCCGUCGGUUGAUUGAAAAGAUUGCCUAGAGUAUAAGAUAAUAAGUGUUGCCUAAUGGCAAACACGAUGUAAAGUCCUAAUGCACGUUUGAGUUUCGUUCAUAGCAAUAAUCAGCUAGCCAAAGUCGAUGGCUUGUGUCAUUUAAUUUGGGACUAA